UUGCUUGCUCAUUGACAUAUUCACAAAGAUAAAUCUACUUGCUGGCCGAAAACAUUGAAUUUACUUGGAAUUUUCAUUGAAAAUAUUUGUUUUCCUUGAAUUUGAAAGUCAAACCUCAUCAUGCCAGACCAUUUGGGUAACGAUAUGCGAAAAGUGCGUCCCGAGGAAAAGGAAGAGGAGAUUAAAUCUCUCGACGAAGGGGACAUCGAACUGCUGAAGACUUACGGACAAGGACAAUACCAUAAGAGCAUUAAAGCCAUCGAGGAUGAUAUUCAGAAGGCAAUCAAACAAGUCAACGAAUUGACUGGCAUUAAAGAAAGCGACACUGGAUUGGCAGCACCAGCGUUAUGGGAUUUGGCAGCUGAUAAACAAACAUUGCAAAACGAACAGCCGCUGCAGGUUGCACGAUGCACUAAAAUCAUCAACGCCGAUUCUGAUGAUCCGAAGUACAUCAUCAACGUCAAACAGUUUGCAAAGUUCGUUGUCGAUUUGGCUGAUUCGGUGGCACCAACGGAUAUUGAAGAAGGCAUGCGUGUCGGUGUCGAUCGCAACAAAUAUCAGAUCCACAUCCCAUUACCACCGAAAAUUGAUCCAACCGUUACGAUGAUGCAAGUCGAAGAUAAGCCUGAUGUGACGUACAGUGAUGUCGGCGGUUGCAAAGAACAGAUCGAGAAACUCAGAGAAGUAGUGGAAACGCCUCUGCUUCAUCCCGAGAAAUUCGUGAAUUUGGGCAUCGAACCGCCGAAAGGUGUCCUCCUAUUCGGCCCGCCUGGUACCGGAAAAACGCUAUGUGCCAGAGCGGUAGCAAAUCGUACAGACGCUUGCUUCAUUCGUGUUAUCGGAUCUGAACUGGUUCAAAAGUAUGUGGGCGAAGGUGCUCGUAUGGUCCGAGAAUUGUUCGAAAUGGCUCGCUCGAAGAAGGCCUGCUUGAUUUUCUUCGACGAAAUCGAUGCAAUUGGUGGUGCACGUUUCGACGAUGGAGCUGGUGGUGAUAAUGAAGUUCAACGUACGAUGUUGGAACUGAUCAAUCAAUUGGACGGUUUCGAUCCUCGUGGCAACAUAAAAGUACUGAUGGCAACCAAUCGACCUGAUACUCUAGAUCCAGCUUUAAUGCGUCCCGGUCGUUUAGAUCGUAAAGUGGAAUUCGGACUUCCCGAUUUGGAAGGUCGUACGCACAUAUUUAAGAUUCAUGCUCGAUCAAUGUCAGUGGAACGUGACAUUCGUUUCGAGCUGUUGGCACGAUUGUGUCCAAACUCAACUGGCGCUGAAAUCAGGUCCGUGUGCACCGAAGCUGGCAUGUUUGCCAUUCGUGCCAGACGUAAAGUAGCUACCGAAAAGGAUUUCCUGGAAGCCGUCAAUAAAGUCAUCAAAAGUUAUGCUAAAUUUAGCGCCACUCCUAGAUAUAUGACAUACAACUAAAAAUGUUUGUCUGUAAAACUGUGCGAGAAAAUAAACAGAAUUUUGAAUCAUUUGUA